AGAUUCAUUAUCUGGAGAGAGAGCCUCGAAGAAAGCAAAUAAAAUCUAGAGAAGCUUGUUUCUAGGGUUUCGACUCUCGACGGCCGGUACGAUUUUUCAACUGCUUGUUCUAAGGAAUCAUGAAGCCUGUCUUUUGCGGAAACUUUGAGUAUGAUGCUCGUGAGAGUGAUCUUGAGCGGCUUUUCAGAAAGUACGGCAAGGUUGAGAGGGUUGAUAUGAAAGCUGGUAAGUCUUGGUUCUUGUUUUUCUUUAUACUUUCUCUUAGUUUUUCUGUUUGGUUGAAUUGAAAUGGAUAAAGAAGUCUCGUAAACCACUACCAAUCCGAUGAACAACAAGCGAAAUUCAGUCAAAUGCAUUGUUCUUAAAAUCCACUUACGUGCGUUCAUUCCAUGAGACUCUCUGGAGGACUGUCCUUUCAAAGUGUGCUCUCUAGCCUCUGCAUCCCACAUUCCGUAUUCCCUCGGUUCGCUACCAUCUGAUUCCAACAUCUGCCAAGGAACUUGAAGCACCCCGCAUGAAGUUCAUAGCAUACCUCAGAAGAGAAAAGAUCGAGUAAUUUUAGGGUAAAACCGCCAUACUCAACAUUUGAUUUUGGCGCAGGAUUUGUUUCGAUCUUGGGAUGCCCAUUCUCCCACACAGCCCAUUGAUGGACAAUAUGGAAAAUCCAUUUCCUGCCCAAAAGAGUCAACCUCAUCCACGCAAUGGCACUACGUUCCCAUAACCCCGACUUUAGUUGCAUUUCAUUCCUCUUGACUUUUCUCCUCUUCGAGAUGCACAUGCCUCUUUGGUAGACUUAUACCAACCUCUCACAGCAGAGGCAGCAAAUCAAAUGGAGUUUGCGCCACCACGUUUCUGUUCACAAUUCCGUCUCAUCUCCUCCUCAUUUUCAGUUCUUCUUCUUUGACAUAUUAAUUCCAUAAUGCAAGGUCUGUAAAACUACUUAUAGUUUGUAGAGAUUUUAGGUUCAAAACUUAUUUGUCACAGUAAGUAGUAAAGGCUGUUUUGAUACUGCCGUGGAAGGGAGAGUCUUCAUAUUAGAAUUCCUCUUGGAGGAGGUUCUUUUUCUUGGUUUACUUGAUAAGAUUGUUCUCAUGUUCUGACUUUCCCUUUUGGUUCUCUCCCCAGGGUUUGCUUUUGUCUAUAUGGAAGAUGAAAGGGAUGCUGAAGAUGCAAUUCGAGCGCUUGAUCGCUUUGAAUAUGGUCGCACAGGACGCAGACUCCGUGUUGAGUGGACAAAGAAUGACCGUGGAGGUGCUGGAAGAUCAGGUGGUUCGAGGAGAUCAUCUUCUGGCUUGAGACCUUCCAAGACUCUGUUUGUGAUCAACUUCGAUGCACAAAACACUAGGACUCGGGACUUGGAGAGGCACUUUGAGCCGUAUGGUAAAAUUGUUAAUGUUAGAAUCAGAAGGAAUUUUGCAUUCAUCCAAUAUGAGGCACAAGAAGAUGCUACCAGAGCACUGGAUGCUACAAAUUCCAGUAAGCUGAUGGAUAAGGUGAUCUCAGUGGAGUAUGCAGUGAAAGAUGAUGAUUCAAGAGGAAAUGGAUACAGUCCUGAAAGACGGCGUGAUAGGUCACCUGAUAGGAGAAGGCGAUCACCAAGUCCUUACAGAAGAGAAAGGGGAAGUCCUGACUAUGGCCGAGGUGCUAGUCCAGUAGCUCACAAAAGGGAAAGGACUAGUCCUGAUUAUGGUCGUGGAAGACGCAGCCCCAGCCCUUACAAGAGAGCCAGGCUUAGCCCAGAUUACAAGAGGGAUGACCGUAGGAGGGAGAGAGUGGCUAGCCCAGAGAAUGGAGCUGUAAGGAACCGAAGCCCAAGAAAAGGACGUGGUGAAAGCAGGAGUCCUCCUCCAUAUGAGAAGAGGAGGGAAAGCAGGAGUCCUCCGCCAUAUGAGAAGAGAAGGGAAAGCAGGAGUCCUCCUCCAUAUGAGAAGAGGAGGGAGAGGUCAAGGUCAAGGUCGAAGUCAAGCCCUGAGAAUGGUCAAGUUGAGAGCCCUGGGCAAAUAAUGGAAGUAGAAGCUGGAAGAGGAUACGAUGGAGCAGACAGCCCGAUACGCGAGAGCCCCUCUCGUUCGCCGCCAGCAGAGGAAUGAUUGGAGAUGCAGACAGAUGAUUGUGUUGGAUUCACAAACAAAAGAUGUCUCUCAAAGUAGUUGUAUCCGAAACUGAAGUCUUUUGCUAUGUCAUGUAGUAUUUAGUGUGUUAUUUUGGGUCUUUGUUAAGUGUUUUGUAAACUUUAUUAUGACUCCAUUCGAAAUCGCUUGUCGUAGUAUUGGUUAAAAGAUUGCUUUUUAGUUUGGAUUACAAUAUCCGACUUUAGAUGUUUACGAGCGCAGCUUAUGUUUUAACAUGAAAAUAGUGCUAAAGAUGGUCGACAAGAUCAGAAGUUUUAUGUUAGCCAUGAAAUCCUUUAUAAUGUAGGUCUGAAUUGUGUCAACUUGUCAACCCUAAAUUUUCCAUUUCAAUUACAUUCGCCUUUUUGCG